GAGUGGUACUACUCCCCACCACCUCCCACUGAAGUAGAGCAGCAUCUGUUUGCGCUUAGACUUCAUCGCUUCCACCACCACCACAAUGUCGUCCGCCAUCUCACUGGAGGAGAUCAAGAACGACGCCGUCGAUCUUGAGCACAUUCCGGUCGGGGAAGUCUUUGAGCAGCUCAAAUGCGACAGGAAUGGGCUCACCAACGUCGAGGGGGAGAACCGCAUCAAGAUCUUUGGGCUCAACAAGCUCGAGGAGAAGAAGGAGAGCAAGGUGCUCAAAUUCUUGGGGUUCAUGUGGAAUCCGCUCUCGUGGGUCAUGGAGAGCGCCGCCAUCAUGGCCAUCGCCCUCGCUAACGGAGGGGGGAAGCCUCCGGACUGGCAAGACUUCAUCGGCAUCAUCUCCCUUCUCAUCAUCAACUCCACCAUCAGCUUCAUCGAGGAGAACAACGCCGGCAAUGCCGCCGCCGCUCUCAUGGCUGGCCUUGCACCCAAGACCAAGGUGCUGAGAGACGGGAGGUGGUCGGAGCAGGAUGCGGCGAUCCUCGUCCCUGGCGACAUUAUCAGCAUUAAGCUCGGCGACAUCAUCCCUGCGGACGCACGCCUACUCGACGGCGACCCGCUCAAGAUCGACCAGUCCGCCCUAACCGGCGAGUCGCUUCCGGUGACCAGAAACCCUGGCGAUGAGGUCUUCUCGGGCUCCACAUGCAAGCAAGGCGAGAUCGAGGCCGUCGUCAUCGCCACCGGCGUGCACACCUUCUUCGGCAAGGCCGCGCACCUCGUCGACAGCACCAAUAACGUCGGCCACUUCCAAAAGGUGCUAACUGCGAUCGGAAACUUCUGCAUCUGCUCGAUCGCGGUCGGCAUGGCGAUCGAGAUCGUGGUGAUGUACCCGAUCCAGCGCCGGAAGUACAGGGACGGGAUCGACAACCUACUGGUGCUGCUCAUCGGCGGGAUACCGAUUGCGAUGCCCACCGUGCUGUCGGUCACCAUGGCCAUCGGAUCGCAUCGGCUGUCAGAGCAGGGAGCCAUCACGAAGAGGAUGACUGCAAUCGAGGAGAUGGCAGGGAUGGACGUGCUCUGCAGCGACAAGACCGGAACCCUCACCCUUAACAAGCUUACCGUCGACAGGAAUCUAAUCGAAGUAUUCGAGAGAGAUGUGGAUAGGGAAGCCGUGAUCCUCCAUGCCGCAAGGGCCGCCAGGGUCGAGAACCAGGACGCCAUCGAUGCCGCCAUUGUUGGAAUGCUUGCUGAUCCCAAGGAGGCACGUGCAGGGAUCGAUGAGGUGCACUUCUUGCCCUUCAAUCCUGUCGACAAGCGGACGGCCAUCACCUACGUAGACUCCUUUGGCAAUUGGCAUCGAUCGAGCAAGGGAGCCCCGGAACAGAUCGUUGAGCUGUGCAGCAUGAGGGAGGAUGCCAAGAAGAAGGUUCACGCCGUCAUCGACAAGUUCGCCGACCGUGGCCUGCGGUCGCUGGCCGUCGCCCGACAGGAAAUUCCUGAGAAGAGGAAGGAAAGCGCCGGAGGGCCAUGGCAGUUCAUGGGGCUGCUACCGCUGUUCGACCCACCGAGACACGACAGUGCGGAGACCAUUCGUCGAGCACUCAACCUAGGCGUGAACGUGAAGAUGAUCACCGGUGAUCAGUUGGCUAUAGCCAAGGAGACCGGGCGGAGGCUCGGGAUGGGUACCAACAUGUACCCCUCGUCCACUCUUCUCGGCAACAAGAACGAUGAUCUCACCGGUAGCAUCCCUGUCGACGAGCUCAUCGAGAAGGCCGAUGGUUUUGCUGGUGUCUUCCCAGAGCACAAGUACGAGAUCGUGAAGAGACUGCAGGAGAGGAGCCACAUCUGUGGCAUGACAGGCGACGGCGUGAACGACGCCCCGGCCCUGAAGAAGGCGGACAUCGGCAUCGCCGUCGCUGACGCCACCGACGCUGCUCGUGGCGCUUCGGACAUUGUCCUGACGGAGCCGGGACUCAGUGUCAUCGUCAGCGCCGUCCUCACCAGCCGCGCAAUCUUCCAGCGCAUGAAGAACUACACCAUCUACGCCGUCUCCAUCACCAUCCGAGUCGUGCUAGGCUUCCUCCUCCUCGCGCUCAUCUGGCGCUUCAAUUUUUCCCCUUUCAUGGUCCUCAUAAUCGCCAUCCUCAAUGACGGGACCAUCAUGACCAUCUCCAAGGACCGAGUCAAGCCCUCUCCGAUGCCCGAUUCGUGGAAGCUCCGCGAGAUAUUCGCCACCGGGAUCGUCCUCGGCACCUACCUUGCGCUCAUGACUGUGUUGUUCUUCUGGAUCGCCCACCAAACGGACUUCUUCCCCGUGAGUACUCUGCUUGAACUAAACGACGAUGAUCAUCAUAUGGUCCUCGUACAUGUAAACUCCGGCCUUUUGUUGCAGAAAACAUUUGGAGUAAGGCCGAUCAGGGACAAUCAAGAUGAACUGACCUCCGCGAUCUACCUCCAAGUGAGUGUAGUUAGCCAGGCGCUCAUAUUCGUGACGCGGUCCAGAAGCUGGUGCUUUGUGGAGCGCCCCGGGCUGUUGCUUGUGGCUGCCUUCGUUAUUGCGCAGCUGGUGGCUACUUUCAUCUCUGUGUACGCGAGCUGGGGAUUCGCGAGAAUCCAUGGCAUAGGGUGGGGGUGGGCUGGAGUGAUAUGGCUCUUCAGCAUCGUCACGUUCUUUCCGCUCGACUUCCUCAAGUUCAUCAUCCGGUACACACUGAGUGGCAAGGCUUGGGUCAACCUCUACGAGAGCAAGACGGCUUUCACGACCAAAUUGGAUUACGGAAAGGGGGAAAGGGAGGCGCAAUGGGCGCUAGCGCAGCGUACCCUGCACGGCCUCCAGCCACCAGACUCUUCAGGUCUCUUCAACGAGAAGAACUACAGGGAGUUGUCUGAGAUCGCCGAGCAGGCUAAGAGACGCGCCGAGGUCGCCAGGCUUAGGGAGCUUCACACGCUAAAAGGACACGUUGAGUCAGUAGUGAAGCUCAAAGGGCUGGACAUUGAGACGAUGCAGCAUCACUAUACGCUUUGAGAGGAGGGAGGACGAUGGCAGACCAAGAGAGAGGCUCGAGAAUAAAGAUGUCGGUUUCUUUGCUAACUUCUCUGUGUUUAAGAUUCUUUUGUUCUUAGGUAGAACCCAAAAAUAAGUCACAGGGGAAUCAAAGACCUGUCUGUCUUUUGCAUCUCAGAUUCUUCUCACGUGCUUCUUGCUUGGAUCUCCUUGGCCAAGUA